AUGUCGUCGGCAGAUCAAUGGCUCGCAAUUGACGUCAACCCUACAACUCGGCGCGAGAUCGAGCAGCUGGUAGCUGAGCGUGACACUGCUGCACUGGAGGAGAGACUGGGCUCGCGGUUGACGUUCGGCACAGCAGGCCUGCGUGCCCCGAUGGGCGCUGGCUUCAACAGAAUGAACGACGUUACCGUGGUGCAGGCUUCGCAGGGUCUUGCUGAGUAUGUGAAGAGCGUGGCCGAUGAGCCAUCUGUGGUUGUGGGCCACGACCACCGCCAUAACUCUCAAAGGUUUGCGGAGCUCACGGCUGCAGUGUUCCUUAUCAAGGGUUUUACAGUCUACUACUUGGGUGGGGGGUUGGCUGCGACCCCACUAGUGCCCUUUUCCGUGGACCAGUACUCCGCCAGCGCGGGGGUUAUGAUCACCGCCUCCCACAAUCCAAAGAACGACAACGGGUACAAAGUGUACUGGAGCAAUGGCUGCCAGAUCAUCCCGCCGCACGACCAGCGGAUCCAGCAUAGCAUUCUAGCGAAUCUCGAUAUCGUCUUUAGGGACUCCACUUGGGACACUGCGCGGGUGUUUGAGCAACAUAGCGAGAAGCUGCUGUUCGUGAGAGACGAGAUUAUUGGCAGGUACUCACGCAAAGUCAAAUCCGUGCUACUCAAAAACACCUCGUUCUCAUUCAAAGCCGUCUACACGGCAAUGCACGGCGUGGGGGCCGAGUUCAUUUCGCAGGUUGUACCCCACGGAGUGCUCGUACCUGUCGAGCAGCAAUGUCUGCCGGAUCCAGACUUCCCAACAGUCAAAUUCCCUAACCCAGAGGAAAAAGGAGCAUUGGACCUUGCCAUUGAGCAGGCUGACAAGCAGGGCAUUUCAGUGGUGGUAGCCAACGACCCUGAUGCGGACCGGUUCUCCGCGGCGGUGAAAAUCAACCGCGUUUGGAGACAGCUGUCGGGCAACGAGCUCGGGUAUCUUUUUGCGCAAUACGUGGUGUCGCAGAAAAAAGACCGCCGCAACGUGUAUCUCGUCAACUCGACUGUCUCAUCGCAAAUGAUCGCCGCAAUGGCCGCCGUCGAGGGGUUCCACUUCCAGGACACUCUGACGGGCUUUAAAUGGAUCGGCAACAAGGUGAUCGAUUUGGAGAACGCGGGCUACGACUGCCCGUUUGCGUUCGAGGAAGCCAUAGGGUUCCUGUUUCCCGUGGUCCACGACAAGGACGGGAUCUCUGCACUGGUGAUGUUUCUGCAGAUGUACCAGCACUGGCUCGACAACGACACCGACGCGCUCCAGACGCUACAGCAGGGGUACGAAAAAUAUGGCUUCUUUAAAGAGUGCAACGGAUACUACGUGGUGCCCGACGCACGGGCGAUGGAAAUAAUUUUCCAGCAUAUCAGGAGCACGGGCAAUCCGUAUCCCAAGCAGAUCGGAGAGUUCACCGUGACCAAAUGGCGCGACCUGACUGUUGGCUACGACUCGACGACUCCCGACUCAAAACCAACGUUGCCCGUCGACGUUUCGUCGCAGAUGAUCACUGUCUCCUUGCAGCACGAGGACGACGAGAUCAGGUUCACGGCGCGCGGCUCGGGCACGGAGCCAAAGCUCAAAGUGUACAUCGAAGCCAGGAGCUCGAGCGAGGCCAAAGCAGACGCGCUUGCGCGGCAGGUGUGGGCCCUUUUGCGCGCAGAGUGGUUCAAGCCCGACCUCCACGGCCUCACUGAACGUGUUUGA